UUUUAUCGUGGAGUAAAACAAGUAGAAACGGCUGGCAAACAUCGAAGCGAGAGAGAGAAAGUCGCGUCGUUCACCCCUCAUAUGACCACGUGACCCGAAUGGCGCCGACGGAGAGUGCGACGGCCCUGAACGCUGAGCGAGACAGUGGUACGCGAAACGUGCCGAUGCCGGCCGACUACGCACGAGGGCGUCGCGAAGGCAACCACGUUUUCUACCCUCAUUUUCAGUCUGUCGUGGUGUGUCCUGUCGGCCGGCUGGUGCUCUACUACACGCGCCCUUCUCUCGUUUUCUCCCUCCUCCGUUCGUUUCUCUUUCUCUGGUCGGUGUUUUCUUCGUGAUUCACUCACUGCGUGAUUUUAAUUCUCGCGCCAAAUCGUCGUUGUUCCCGUGCAACACUGCGGCGUGGAGGGAGUCAUUCGAUGGAUGUACGGGAUCCAGUGAAAAGCCGGUGAACAGUGUUGUGAUUUCUUUAUUUUUUUUCAUGUGAGAACGACGCGUAUUCGUAAUCGACUUGGUUUUGCCGCGUGUUUUAAUCGAGGACCGGCGUGACAACGAUAGUGUGCUAAAAGGAUCGUCCACGGCGCGGAUUUGAUCAUAGUGAAAACGGAGCGGACAUGCAUCAGAAGAAACGCCGUUCCACGGACCGAUGAACGUGGCUGGCAAUUGACUCGAUGGCAGAGGGACGCUGAGGAAAUGGCCACGUGACGCGACAGAAAAGAAGCCGGGCGCAAGAUGAACACGAACGGGAAUGUCGGCUCGCAGGAGGGUGGGAACGGUACCGAUUACGGCUCGAGCGAGGAGACGGCCGCCCUGCUGAGCAGGGCGCCACCCCCGCCGGUCGUUGUUGCCGCGGCGUCUCAGGGCAAGCCGGUGCUCACGCGACAGGAUCGAGCAACCUUUUUGGUUGCCUCGCCACAAUUGUCCGUCUCGGGGCUCGGCGGCUCCGAGGAGAGCGGCACCACCGAGGAUCCGGCCACGAGAUCGGUACCGGACAUCGAGCUAUAUUGCAGGCUCGACGGCGAGGCGCAGCAACCACAGCCGCAGCCGCCGCAGCCGCAGCCGCAAGCGCAGCAAGUGCAGCAAACGAUCAUAGCUACCGUGGGUUACAGGAGCCGGCAGCCUUCCCACCAGCACAGGUGUCGCUGCGAUCGCAGAGACUCGUUGGCCCCUUCUUCGGCGCUCCAUCUGGCGAGGAGCGUGUCAAGGGAGAGCGUGAAGAGCGGCCACCACUGCUGCCCCUGUCAGGCGCCUCCGCCUCCGGUUCUGGUCACAACGUCCCCCAGCGCGCGCAUAAUACGGCAGAGCUCGCAACCGGAAGCGUCAGCGUGCUGUUGUUCCGGAUGUUGUUGCCCGUUGCACACGGCCACCGCGCCGAGUGCUGCCUCCCUGCGGCAGCUGCGCGAGCCAGGCGACGGAAUCGCCGGCAUCGCGGCCGACUCGUUGCGGAUCAAUGGAGGGAUUCGACAAUUCCGGCAGUUCCCCUGGUGGUGCAAAUCGUCGUCGACGACAAUGCCGACGACGCCUCCGCCUCCAAUGGCCACGGUGCCCGGCCCGGGUUCUGCCUCUGGUUCCGGUUCACAGGGCGCCCAGGGCGUCUUACUCUGCCCACGUACGCUGUCUCAGGUCCGACGAUCACGGCUACGAAGGGCCCUCACCGAGGCGACCGCCGAGACCGUCAACUACGUCAAGACGCUACGGAAGCCAGUGUCGACACUCUCGAUCCCGGGGGCGAUGAAGAACAGCGGCGGCGUGGGCGGCGGGGUCGGCGUGGGGGGCGCCGGGGGUGGCGGCGGUGCUGGCUGCGGUAGCGGCGGCGCUACCGGGGCCGGCGAGGAGGCCGGUAUCGCCCUUGUCGGCAUCCACUCGGAGUACCCGCGCUACGUGGACGAGCGUGUCCUGGCCGGGGGCGGGCAGGUGAAGGGCCCCUCGGGCAGCAUUGGGCCGGGCUCGAAGCACAAACCGAACGUCGGCUACCGGCUCGGCAGGCGGAAGGCCCUUUUCGAGAAGCGGAAACGCAUCAGCGACUACGCCCUCGUCAUGGGGAUGUUCGGCAUCAUCGUGAUGGUCAUCGAGAACGAACUGUCCAGCGCCGGUGUCUACACCAAGGCCUCGUUUUACUCGACAGCACUGAAAACCCUGAUCUCUGUGUCUACUGUGAUACUGCUUGGCCUCAUAUUUGCUUACCAUGCCUUAGAAGUUCAGGUGCGUAUGAAAAAAAAAAAAAAUAAAUAAAUAAAAUAAAAUAGAAAAGAAAAAAUCCAAUAGGCUCGAUGUUACCGUCUUUGUAGCGUGCAUGUAAACAAUCUACCGUGGACGUUACCGCAUCCACGAAACGAGGGUGGGGAAAAAAA